AUGGCCGACGAAAAGAGACAAAAUCCCUUUGAGGAAAUGGGACGCUCUGAUGAGGGAGAGGCAGCAGAUCACCCUCCAGCAUACACAGCAGGACCCUCAACACAACCAAGCCGAUUACCAGUACAACAGGCCCCUUCUCAAUCAAGCCACAAACCAAUCGCAAUUCCAGCCAUCACCUCCUCCUCUGAUUCUCCUUUCAUCCGCGCAUAUCCACCCGUCCUAAGAAACCACCAACUCCCCAAGGAAUCCUUCCUCACCUUCCUUGACCAACUGAACAAAGACAUAGUGGCCACUGUCAGCGGACUCGCAAGCCUGGGUAGCCAAGGAAUGUCCAAAAGCCGUACGGACUCAUCCGUCAAACAAGCUAAUAAGGACAUCUUCGGUCCACGUGGCUUGAGAGUUGAAAUUGGGAAGCUGGAUGCGCUGGCACAUGUAGCAAAACUUCCUAUAUUGGAUUCUCAGGGCAAGAUCAAUCGACAAGCGCCUCUGUUUCUACAACUUCAGAAUGAGGCGUCCAUGGCAAACGCUGAGAUAGAUGAAAGGCAGCAGCAGGAGCUUAAUUUGCAGCGGAGGAUUGCAACUCUGCAGCCCUGGAUUGCUGAGCUCGAAUUUGAAAUUCUGCCUUGGUCUUCCAAGUCUAAGUUGACGCGGUUCAACGCUUCGUUGAAGAAGUAUAAUGAGCCGAGAGAUCAAGAGACGAGAAACAGGGGUAGGCCAAGUGUUGUUUACAACCAGGAGAUCAAGCAGGAAGAAGAUCCUUUCAGGAAGGCUUUGUGGCUUGUUAUUCGGGAGGUUGAGGAUGAAAGGCGUUAG